GCAGACGGCGGAUGACGAGUGACGCAGUCUGUGUAUGUUGAGGAAGCUAACGAGGAAACCUCGUAGAUAGAUAAACACCCGGGAGAGGUGUGAACCCAGCGAGCCCACGGCUGUCACACAACCGAGAGAACAGCUCCAAAGGUCGGACUGAGUCCUCCACACAGCGAGGGUCGACAUGUCUGAGACGUACGACUUCCUGUUUAAGUUCCUGGUGAUCGGCAGCGCUGGGACUGGGAAAUCCUGCCUCCUGCACCAGUUCAUCGAGAACAAGUUUAAACAGGACUCCAACCACACCAUCGGCGUGGAGUUUGGAUCCAGAGUGGUGAACGUUGGUGGAAAGACAGUUAAACUGCAGAUAUGGGACACUGCUGGACAGGAACGAUUUCGUUCUGUAACACGCAGCUACUACAGAGGAGCCGCUGGAGCACUCCUCGUCUAUGACAUCACCAGCCGGGAGACAUAUAAUGCCCUGACCAACUGGCUGACGGAUGCACGGACACUGGCGAGUCCCAACAUUGUUAUUAUCCUGUGCGGCAACAAGAAAGACCUGGAUGCAGACAGGGAGGUGACCUUCCUAGAGGCUUCGCGCUUUGCUCAGGAGAACGAGUUGAUCUUUCUCGAGACCAGUGCUCUGACAGGGGAAAAUGUGGAGGAGGGCUUUCUGAAGUGCGCUCGCAUCAUCCUCAACAAGAUAGAUUCAGGUGAGUUAGACCCAGAGAGGAUGGGUUCAGGUAUCCAGUAUGGAGACGCGUCAUUGAGGCAGCUGCGACAGCCGAGAGGCACCGCCACACAGAAUAAGCAGCAGUGUAAUUGCUAGGGAUCGAAACCCCACGCUCACCUACAGGCCAACGGAGACAGGGCAUCCCCUACAGCUCCAGGUGUUUUUUGGUGUGUCAAACCCUCUCUCCGCGGACUCACACACCUUGGAUCACCUGGAUGAAUGAGCGUGGAGAUCACUGCAACCCCUGACCCCUGACCUCUGGUAAGAGUCACUGCAUCUUACCUGAGGGGGUCAGCAUUGCACCUUUGUCUGGACAAGGAAACUCCUCAUUGUGAACACACUGUGAUCGCAAAGACAGGGAAUCCUCUUCUUCAAAAAUCACUUUCCCAAGUCACUGACCAGACUAGGACAAGUUGAGGGUUGUGUGUAUGGGCUGCCCUACUGUUCUUUUCUCCGUUUAUUUUUUUUCAUCCUGGGUUCAGUAACAAUUUCAUGCUUUCUGCAUUUGCACGUCAUUGUUUGUAAGUUAUCAUCUGUAAAUUGAGUUGCACCUGUUUAUUGUUCAGCUGUCCGGUAGGAUUCAUGAUCGGUUUGGUCUACGCUUUCUGACUUUCUAUUUUCAUAAAGGCACGAUCCGAUGAUAUUUUGUUUUUAUUUGCCAUUGUGUUCACUGUACUUAUAAGUUCAGAGUUGUAUUGAUGAUGACUGAGUUAUAAAGAGUCUAAACAUAGACAGAUUUUGGACUACAAUAAUCUUACAGAAACCAGAUGUUAUUCAGAUCUUUAUGAAGGUUUCGGCAUUUUCUUUCUGAUUUUAAGACUGAAGCAGCUCAUCAGUAAUUUCAGAUUUUUAAAGUGACACUUAAGUCCUUAUAUAGAACCCAGGUUAUUCACUCUGACAUAUGUGUUUAAGCCUUUUGAAUUUUUUGGUUUACCUUGAAACGCAUUGUUUUAAUGUAGAGUAUUGGCCUUAGUAAUAUACUUGAUAUUGUGGAUCUACAGUAUAUUAUUCCCAGUCUCCAUGUCUCUUAAGUGUCAUAGGAACUGGUCCAGUCACACCAUUCUACAUCCACCUGUGGCUCAGGUUGAAAGCACAAAAAAGAGAACUAAUGCUCUUUAUUUUAUCCCAAAGUCCCCAAACUCUGUAGAUAUAUCUCAUCAGAUUAACAACAUGUUCAAGUCUGUGUCUCUGCUCCGAUCACAGUGAAAGACUAACCAAGCGUCAUCAGUCUUUGCAAAACUAAAACUGUUUCUGACUCCUCUGCUGCAGUUUUUCUCUCUCCAUGACCUCCCUUUGAUUUACACUGCUCUACAUGCACAUACUGCAUGAGGGACGUCACAGGAAACCACAGUUGGUUUUGCCUCAGUGCCAUGUUUGGGGAAACUUUCCUGCCGCCCACCCAGUUCCCUCACAACAGCUCAACGCUGUUGAAUCAUGCAUGGCUGAAAUUGCGCCUUGAUGUCAGGAACCUGGUUUUUAACCCUCUGAGUAGUUUUCACCUUGGAUUGUUUAGCGCAGAAGCAGCUCUGCUGCAAAAUGUUUGUGGAGCCAACCCAGAUGUUUUAUCCUGAGAGCCGGCUUGUGUUGCCCCAAGAGAAACAGGGAAAUUCCCCUCUCAAACAUGGUUUCCUCUUUCUGUAUAACACUGAUGGUCUGGUUUGUGGCGCUGCUGGGAGUUAAUAACCCAAACUGCGGCCCUACUGUUGAGUCGAAGGCACUGAGAGCAGGUCACACUGACCCAGUCGAGAGGAGAUCAUAACAAGAACUGCCUGCGAACUUCAGCCCACACAAUUCCAAGUUUUAGUGGCUGCUUUCUAGGAGACAUUGUGCAGGUCCGUGCUGACAGCCGGGUUUGGGCUGCAUGCACCAUCCUCAGUCAUCUUUGCAGCUGGUGGGGUGAAAGUGGAUUCCCCAUUCACCUCCUCUUCAUCGCAGCUGAGGCUAAUGGACUGAUCCUGUGGAGUCAUCCCCCAUGAUUACACCGUGUCCGGACACCCAGUCGGUUUCGUGCUCGUCAGGGUUUUGUAGCGAUGCAACGGCGUCGAGCUGAUCGCCCCAGCUGGCUCCUGCUGGGAUGGUGUUUACCUGGGUGCUCUCCGCUGACUCCUGUGAAUGUAGGAUGGCUACCCCUCUUAUAGGAUCCACCGCUGACAAGCCAGCUUGGCGCACCAGCCUGCGGCGGCAGGUUAUUAUGGAAAGGCAUGCAAAAUGCUCACAGGCGCCUAGGGAUGUGUGCGAUUCUCAGGCGUAGUCGAGCCCGAGGCACACUGAAUUGAUAUCUGCCCCGAGAUCUUGUUACCACAUGUGCAAAACCUCGGCGGUACCUUGCUCUUGUCCAUGGUGAGGGCAGGUGCAGGGUCCAUGACUUUAAUCUCUCCCGUUAAAGUUGGAAGCGGUGAGUAGCUAAUAUGGUGGCUAGCUACUUAACUCAGGAAGCUGUGCAGCGAUCAGGUAGCGCCUGACUCUGAGUGGUCAGCUCGCUUUAUGAACAGUUGGCAAGCCCAUUGGGCUACAGCUGCCGUCUGAGAGGAUGCUUCUAUGACCGAGAAGAGGUUCUAGUCUGAGGUGAUGACGGGUUUGUUAUAGUAGGAGAAGGUCCCUCCUCUAGUGGCCGAUCAUGUCAUGUCUGCCUGCCAGUCAAGACUGGCGUGGUUUAAAAUUGCUUCUGGGAGACAGCAUGGAGGGGGGGUGGGGUCCCAUUGUGAAAUACUGAAACAAAUGUUGAAAGAGAACCAGCUCCAGAUAUUAUCAGAUAUCAAGAGACAGAUGGUCAGAAAAAAAAUCAUAAAAUAUUGGCAUUGUGUGAUAGUUUGUCUCCUUCUGCAAGUGCACUUUUACUUUUGAAAUUUCAUAUUUUGUUUGUAUGCUGUAACUAUAGAAUUGUACAUUUUAUUUUACUUGAACUGUAAUAAAGAUUUUAAUUGUA